AAAUGAUUAUCUAUUUAUAUUCUUUUACGAUUCCGAUUAAGUUCUUGAUCUGUUUGGUAUGAAGUCAUAGCAGCAAAUUAGUUUUAUAGUUUGUGUAUCUAUAAUAGUAAAAUAGCGAAAAUGUAAAGAUAUUUGGGAAAAAAUGAUUUAUGUAGAUAUGAUGAUUUCAAUAUAUAAUGAUUUAUAGAUCUGUAAUUUGACAAUUUUAGGUCUAUUUUUUAUUGCUCAUAGAGUGAACUCGAAGAUUCUGUACGCGUAGUUAGGAAACAUUGUAAUGGUAACAUAAUGUAUAGGAAGCAACGGAUACACGUUCAUCGGAGCGGAAGUCAAGCACACACAAUCAGGAUCGGAAGUAAUUCCGGUGGCCGAACACUGUGAUGGUAUUGUUAGCCGAUCUGCUGAAUAAUAAUUGGCAUUCGGUGCAUUUACAUGGUCACGAUCGCAGAGUGUCAAUAUCUUUCCGGAUGGAAUGGAAACGUCACUCGGUGGCUUUGCUCCGUGAUAUAGUGUUCGUUCAGCGUUUGCCGUGAAUCUAUGCCUGUGACUUCAUCGUCCUUUCGAAGAGGAUGGGCUGCGUACCUAGUGGAUCAUCGUGCAAGAAGGGCAGCAUUCGAUUAAUGACUACGAAGCUUACUUUCACCAAGGGUCAGCUGUGCAACCUGAACACGUAUUUUCGCAAACUGGUCGACGAGGCUCAGAAUGAUUCCUCUAAUGCAUUUGCGAUCGAAGCUAUCGUGGAAAGAUUGGUCCAACGAUUGAUGCGAAGCGCUGGUAAUCUCGAUCGAAGAUUCUCAUCUAUGUUUCUCGUUUCAUUAAACGAACCUCGACGAAUAAAGCAAGGUAGGUUUGAAUAUCUGCUGCGGAUAGAUGCAUUGUCGAUUUCGAGUGUAAGUCCCGAGCAGGGACGCUCGAUGGUGUGUGUCGAGGAGGAUGCCUCUCUACCAGGCUUUAUUCGGCUGAAGAUGCUUGGCGUUGGGGCGGAAGUCUGGCGGGAGUACGUGGAUGUCGCAGGAAGGCUGAGGAGAGAUCUUGUAAAAGCCAAAUUGGCAAAUUUAUUGGCCACAGCUAUUAAACGAGACGUUGCAGAUCAAACGAACGACGGAAUUUGUGUUUCACCUGGUCAAGUGGUCGAUGCUGAAAUUCUCGACAAGAUAUUGAAGCAACCGGACCACUGUCGAAUAUUUUACGGGUCAGCUGUCUCGGACGGACCAUUACCAGAGCCAAGGAAUCAUCGAGUGGCCUUGAUCGAAGAUUCCGGAGGGAUACUGCUUAGAAUCGGAUUGGAUAAAUUUAAAGCUCGCGAAGUUGAAGUCAGGCUACUAAUCGGUAUCGGAGUGUCGUCGUGGCCCACUUUAGCGGACUAUCCUCAACGGAUACCUCUCUAUCAUUGCGAUGCUCUUCUUCAUUACACCGCAGCGCAAAGUGGCAUGUACGCGGUAGUCGUCGGUCCGUAUUCCGGUGCACGUUGCGAGAACCGAGCAACUCUCUGGAGAGUACGUGUUCCGGCAGCCGAGAAAAUUAUGAGUCAACACUACGCCGCCGACAGUGUACCAGCCCUUACUGAAUCCGUGCUUUUGGAAAUUUUAUAUGAGCUGCGCGAAGGCCGUACUUUGCAUUUACCGACGAAACCAAAGGCAGGACGGAAAAACGGCCCCUCGCCUCCAGAUCGUUUACGAGUAGUUUCCAGACAUAUUCUGAGAACUGUGCACCGAUGGGCUCUAGAAAGAACAGGACCGGAUCCGUUGACGAGCUGGGCGCCCGAUACCCUUUCGUGUCAUGUUCUAUUAGCGUUGGACGAGUUAGUCGCUGCUCUGAAAUGCCAGAGCCUGAGGUGUUACUUUCAUCCGCGCUGCAACGUGAUGCUACAAUGCGCGAGAGGAGGAAUGGCGUAUCACGAGGACUCUUACGUCUCUGAUCGUCGAUUAUUAGAAUCUUACUUGGAGACUCUUCAUUAUCGUUCUUUCUCCAUGACACGUGAUGUACCAAGACCUUUAGACGUUAUGGAGAAUGAGCUCAUUGUGAGAUGGCGAGAUAUCAUUGCCGCGUUGCCCAGAGAAACGUCCAAUGAGGAUUACGGAUAUAGCCAGAAACAGUUGGAAUAUUUUAGCAUGAUCCUAGAGCAAGUUCUACGAGCAAAGAACGCUUUGUUACAGAACUACCCGGACAACUAUAGUUACUCGAAUUUCUCGGAAUUAUCCUACUGUAUGACGGAACAGGUGGAGAAUCUCGUGUUCCUAUUGAAAUUAAUUCUAACACAGGCCAAGAACCAGAGUUAUCCGAUGGCGAAUCGCAAGCUGCGAACGAACGAUCAUAAGGAAUCAAAAAAAAGAAGACAUUGCAAUACGAGCAGUCAGUUUGAUUAUUCGGUCGGACUGCUGAUCGAUGUUAUCGCAAGAGACAGAGAAACAGCUAAUAUGGAUUUGGAAUCUUUUCCAAUAAUGACCAAAAUACUUUUACAAUGGCUAUACUUUGGUAUGGACUAUGAUCGAAAGUUUCUCGAGCCUAUUUUACGUCCGUAUCUGAACAAUCUUUUCAACAGCCUUCACGAACAUGGUUGGUGUGCAACGUCUUGGAAGAAGGGACAGGAGGUUUAUGCUUCCGAGAUGCAAUCGCUAUCGAUAUUCUGUAAAUCUGUGAUAAGCGAGGAAAUAUCACCUGCUAACGGGAUCGUGGACUAUCUAUCAAAGGGUUGGCGCUGGGCAGAAAAUAUGACGAAGAUGAUCGAGCGUUCGGGGAAUUCUCUGCGUCUGAUUUUUCUUCCCAGAGACAGGGCGAUUAAAUACAAUUUAACUUUCACAGAGAACAAGAGUCUCAGCUCGUUCUCCACGUGGAGCAAAGCUAGGAGUGUCAGUACGAUCGUGAGGAAGAAAAGUAUACAUUACAGAAUCAGCGAGCUAUUUGAUUUUCUAUCGAAGUUACAAGGAUCGAUUGCCUCGACUGAAAAGGAAGGGGUUGCAGGACACACGGAAUUGAGGGAUGCCAGCCCUUUGACAUACGUCGCGUCGAUGAGCAGAUCGCGAGCUCGACAUCGUGGUCCUGGCGAUUUGAUUUCCGCCAUGGUCUCCCUCGGCAAGUUCAGGGUUCUGCAAGAAGUCGCCGCUCUUUUGCCACGGGAGGAGCAAGUGGCCGUGUUGGAAAUGGUACAACGCGUGGCCAGAGAAUCCUCUCGUCGUUCGAAGAAGACCACCUGCUUGUAUACAUCCAGUUCACCGAUCCAAGUCUACAGACCGAGACCGGAGUCGGAUUUUCUGGAUUCAGCCGCGCGUCUGUCGCCAGGAAUUCGCGAGCGGCGAAUCAUCGCGGAGCAUCAGAAACAGCUGGAGAGAGAGAUACAGGAGAUGCAUGACACUGUGAGACGUAACGCGUUGAGAAGACGACGUCCGUGUAACGUCUGGGACUCGAACUCGUUGUCCUCCUGGAAUUCUUCGAUCGAUUCUAUCGCGGGCACGAUCAGCCUUAGAAGAUAUCGCGCUCCAAUAUGGGACGUUAUCAAAGGAAGUUCACCGGCUGGGUCUAGCUUGCGCGUGGAUGGUAAUAUCGAGAAAAAUAAAUUCGACGAGAUGAUAAGCCGAGAGGAAUCGCCGACAUGGAGCACGCAAGAUGCUCGAAGGAAGUUGGACUGCUCCGAGUCGAAGAAUGGAGACGAAUUGCCAUCUUGGGAUACGCUCGAGGCAACUCUGAAUAGGAGGCUGUGUAAUUACGGCAACGCCCUGUUAGGAUCCUUGGAAACGGAUGAAAGUAUUGGAAGAAACUGCGUGGCGAAGUCGCGAGAAUGAUUCCUUCGAAGUAGUAGGUGCUUCCAGGGAAAUGAAUUUUUUAUCUCGAGGCGAGUCGGUGGAAAUUGUCUAGGUGGAAUCGUUUUUACAUUUCAGCAUGUCGCGAAUACGCCUGAUGCCCCUCCUGUCCCGGAUACAUCACUUUUAAGAUACAUGUUCAUCGAUUUUGACACUUGGCCGACAUUUUCAAGCUCUUGAAGCGCCGCUGAACAGCUCGCGACACGACUUUCGUGCUUUCGCAACCGUCAAAUAAAUGUUUCCCUUGCAAGAUAUUUAGUAGAGCUAUGGUAGUAUCGAGCUUUGCCGUUUGUUCAGCUCUUCGAUGAAACGCGAUGAAAACUUAAUUUUCGCAGACAACGGGUAACUUCGUGUUUCGAGAAUGCGUCUCGUUGACUCGUAAGUAUAUAAUGAUUACAGAGAUAGAUAGGUAGAUAGAGAGAUAGAUAGAUGGAGAGAUAAAUAGAUAGAUAGAUAGAGAGAGAGCUAAAGAGAGAGAGAGAGAGAAAGCUGUGAAACUCGGCAGAGGUACACGCGCAACUAGAACAUCGCCUUAAAUUUUAAUCUAUGCCUGAGAACGAUUACGUUCGUUUAGCUCUUGCCACUUUUCGUUCUGACCCUUCGUUAAUUAAAGAGAACCGCAGGCUGAUUGGAAUUCCGUUAGCGAUCCGAGUUAACGUCGACUGAUUUUGGCAAAUUCGACGAAAGAAAAAUUUCCUUGCAACACACCGUCCUUCCUUUCUAUACUUCCAUCAAUCUUCACCACCUACGGUUACGCUCCAUGACCGUACAUUUUUAUUAAGGAUCCCCAGUAUAGAGCUCCGGCAAGGUUUCCUCUCGGAGAAGCUUUCCUGAGUACUCGGUCUCUUGGUUUCCAUCUAAUAUCCAAACUUCUGUGCUCCCUAAAUUGUGAAAAGAUGUAACGCUAGGAUUAUUUAAUCGCGCGCCGCUUUAUACGACACACCGAAUAGAAAAUAAACUUUCAUACGAA